AUGAGUGAAGAAAAUAAAAAGAGUAGUAGAAAAUCUGUAGCUAGAAGGGCAUUACCAAAGAAUAUAUUAGAAUCUCCAGUAAUUUCUAGUACUAGCAUUGAUAUAAGUUCAGUUAAAACAGAGCCUCCACCUUCUACACUUUUUAAACAGUUGGACUUUACAAAUUUAUUUGGUUCACUUAAAUCAGAGACACCUACAUCUACCACUUCUACAACAAACACAACAGUAACUGCAUCAACAACAACAACAACCACCACCACUACCACAACAUCAUCAUCGUCGUCAUCAUCGUCGUCAUCAUCAUCAAUCAAUACAACAACAGUAAAUAACAUAUCAUCAAACAAUACUUCAACAUCUAUACCAUUAAAUUCUCCAAAACAACCAACUACAACAUUAACAUCCAAACCAAAUACACCAAUUCAUGGUGGUAUAAUAAAAGAUUCACAACUCCCAAAGAUUUCAUUGGAAGCUGAUUCACCGACCAUUCAAUCAUCAUCAAUGAACGGUGGUGAAAAUAAAAAUGAUAGCACUCUUGUUCCAAUUUCAAUAUUAAAUAACAAUAACAAUAACAAUAGCAAUAAUAAUAAUAAUAGUAGUAAUAAUAAUAAUAAUAAUACAGGUAGUACUAACGCAGCCUCAAAUACCACUUCCACAAGUGGUAUAAAUAACAAAGAUCAUAAAGAUCGUAACAAUAAUAAUAAUAAAUUACCAACUGAUAGAGAUAUGGAAGAUAUACCUGAUAAACCACCAAUAUUGUCAUCUAAAAAGAAUCAUUCAACACCACCAACAUCAUCUCUCACUAUAGCAACACCAAACAACAACAACAACAACAACAACAACAACAACAACAACAACAACAACAACAACAACAACAACAACAACAACAACAACAACAACAACAACAACAACAACAACAACAACAACAACAACAACAACAACAACAACAACAACAACAACAACAAUAAUAAUAAUAAUAACAAUAAUAGUAAUAACUCUGCACCAUCUGUUACUACACCAAGAAAAGGUAAAAGUAAAACAAAAACUCCAAUUCAAACCUCUCAAAAUCAUAUAGAAAAAGAAAAAGAAAAAGAAAAAGAAAAAGAAAAAGAAAAAGAAAAAGAAAAAGAAAAAGAAAAAGAUAAAGAUAAAGAUAAAGAAAAAGAAAAAGAUAAAGAAAAAGAAAAAGAUAAAGAAAAAGAUAGGGAAAAAGAUAAAGAAAAAGAUAAUAAAGAAAAAGAUAAUAAAGAUCAAAAGGAUAAACAUCACCACCAUCAUCAUCACCACCAUAGUGAAAAAGAGAAAGAAAGAGAACAGCAAAAAGAUAGAGAACAACAAAAAGAAAAAGAAAGGGAACAACAAAAAGAUAGAGAACUUCAACAACAACAACAAAAGGAAAAAGAUAAAGAGCAAAAAGAGAGAGAAAAAGAAUUUAAAGAAAAAGAAAAAGAAAAGGAACAAAAAGAAAAAGAAAAAGAGAAGGAAAAAGAGAAGGAAAAAGAAAAAGAGAAAGAGAAAGAACAAAAAGAAAAAGAAAAACUUGAAAAAGAAUUAAAGGAAAAAGAAAAGGAACAAAAAGAAAAAGAACAGCAACAACAAAAGGAAAAAGAAAUAAUUCAUAAAACGGUUUCAAAGAAAGCAGCAGCAGCAGCUGCAGACAAAUUAAAGGCAGAGAAAGCCAAAGCAGCAGAGAAAGCCAAGGCAGCAGAGAAAGCGAAAAAAGAAGAGGAUGAAGAGGAGGAGGAAGAUGAAGAUUCCGAUGAUGACUCUAAAGAGUCGGUAAUUAGAUGUAUUUGCAAUAACAACAUCGAUCAAGGUUUAAUGGUUCAAUGUGAAACAUGUGACAAAUGGCAACAUAGUAUUUGUUAUGGUAUAAAGGGAGCAAAUAAUGUACCAAAACAUUUCUAUUGUGAACAAUGUGAAUUGAAAAUUAUGGAUUGUACAUGUGGUAAGAAGGAAUGUUUGGUUGGUAAGAUCAUUCAAUGUCUUUCUUGUCAUAAUUGGAGUCAUCUCUCUUGUGUUCAAUCUAAAAAUACAAGAGAUAUACCAGAUCCAUUCACUUGUCAUACCUGUGAGAAAUUGGAUAACUUGGAGAGUAAUUUAGAUAUCGAUGAAUCAACAACACCAUCACGUUUAGGUCCAAAUACACCAAAUGCUAAAGGUGGUCCAGGUGGAAAGAAAAGAAAAUCAACUUCAACUGGUCCAAAUAAUAGAAGGAAGAAACAAACUACUACUACCACUACUACCACCACCACCUCAAAUAGUACACCUGCUUCACCUAUUGCUGUAGGCGCAAAGAAACCUGCAGCUUCUACAGCUCAAUCAUCAACACCAUUACUUUUAGAAGAAUCAAUAUUACCACCAGCACCACCACCACUUACAUCAUCAUCAUCAUCAUCAUCAUCAUCAUCAUCAUCAUCAUCAUCAUCAUCAUCAUCAUCAUCAUCAUCAUCAUCAUCAUCAUCAUCAUCUACCACAACAAAUUAUCAAUCCCCAUCCAUAUCAUCUACAACUCUAAAUACAGGAUCACAAACACCAAAAUUAAAAUCAGAAACUUUAAUGAGUGGCGAAGUAAAUAUGGAAAUAGAUACCAACAAUACUCCAUUAUUAUCAUCCUCUUCAUCACUUGGGGAGAAUAUUACCACAAAUCCAGAUAGUGGUAAAAAUACUCCAAUGUUAGAUUCUGACAAUGGGUUCCCAAGUUUAUUAAAAGAUUUUGAUGUAAAUUCUAAAAAUAUUGGUUUCACCUAUAUUGAAGAUACUAUGUCAAUUAAUGCACUCAAAGAAAAAUUCAAUUCUAUUGAUAUUGAACAACCUUCUCCAUAUUUUCAAACUGGUUUGGAUUUAUUCUCUUUUUUAAAAUCAAAUUAUAUUAAAAGUCAAUUUAUUGAUGAUUAUUGUAAAAGAAAAUCUAUUAAACAAUUAAAAGAAGUUGGUAAAUUAUGUAUUUAUAAUUUAACAGUUGAAGAUAAUAUACUAUUUCAAAAGUAUUGUUUAUUAUUUAUAGAGAUUAAUGAAAAGGAUAGAAAUGAUUUUAAAAAGGCGAUUUCAUUAUUAUUGGAAAUAGAUGAAAGUAAAGUUAAUACCUAUAUGAUUCAGUAUGCUCAUGAAUUAUCAAAACAAAUUGAAAGUAACUAUAAUCAAAUUCAAUAUUACCAACAUAGUUCAUCAUCAUCAGACCACCACCACCACGACGAAGAAGAUGAAGAUGAAAUGAAAAUUGAUCAAGAUGAAAUAUCCAAAUGGAAAUCAAUUGGUUUGGAGAAUAGUUUCGAUAAGGAUUUCAUUAUUCCAAAUGAUAUUCCAUCCAAUUUAAUAGUUGAAUCAAGUAAAAUUAAUAGAGAUUUUGAUAAAAUUAUAUUUGGUAGAUUAAAUUCAAGACCUUUACUUAUUAAAAAAGAAUUAUCAAAUAAUAAUAGUAAUAAUAAUAAUACCACCUCAAAACCUUUAAUUAUUAAAAAAGAAUCAUCAAAUAAUAAUAACAAUAAUAAUAAUAACACCACAACUACAACCACAACAACCACAACAAUUGAACAACAACAUCAACAUCAAAAACCACCACAACAACAACAAUCUCAACCACAACAAAUUUCAUCAGAACAACCACAAAAAAUUAUAUUAUCAAAAUUAGGUCAAAAUGAAAAUACAUUCAUUGGUGAAUGUACAGGUAUAUUCAAAAAUCAAAUCAUUGAUAUAAAGAAUGAAUGGGUUGAUUCAAAUGGAUUCUUACUCAAUACAAUCAAUCCACAAAUCCUUAUGUUUAAUUCAACCUAUCAAUCAUUCAAUAAUACUUCAUAUUUAAAAAACACAUAUAACCCAAAGGAAAGAGAUCUCUGUAUAGACGCUAGAUCUGGUUCCGUUUGUAAAUUUAUAAGAAGAUCAUGUUUACCAAAUUCAAAAUUUCAAUUUAGUAAUAUAAAUAUAAAUAUAAAUAAUAAUAAUAAUAAUAAUAAUAAUAAUAAUAAUAAUAAUAAUAAUAAUAAUAAUAAUAAUAAUAAUAAAAAUAAUUUAAAAGUUUCAAUUUUUAGUUUAAGUCAAAUAGAAAAGAAUCAAGAGAUAACUAUCGAUUUUGACUAUCCCUAUAAAUGUUUAAAGAAUAGGAUCUAUUGUGCCUGUGGAACCUCAACAUGUUCUGUCUCGAUUUGGUUUAAUGAAAGAGCUUCAUUUGGAAUUAAAAUGUUAGAAAUGUUAGGUGAAACUGUAGAUCCAGAAUUAAAGAAAAGAUCAUUAGAAUGCACAGAAUUAUAUCAACAACAAAUAAAACAAGAAUUACAACAACAACAAAAACAACAACAACUACAAUUACAACAACAACAACAACAACAACAACAACAACAACAACAACAACAACAACAACAACAACAACAACAACAACAACCACCACAACAAUUACAACAUCAACAACAACAAGAAUCACAACAAGAAUUACAACAACAGCAACAGGUAAAACAAGAAGGACAAAUAAUUGAAAAUGAUGAUAAUUUUGAUAAUAAUAACGAAAAUGAAGAAAAUAAUGUAGAAAAAAAUAUUAAAGAAGAAACAUCAACAACAAAUAUGGCGACACCAACCCAAAAGAAGAAAAGAAAAGGUAAAAUGUCAUCAUUGGAAAUGGAUUCCAUUUUUUUCAAUACACCUUCUGAUAAAACCUCUAGAGAGGAUAGAAAAUUACAACAAAUCAUUCAGAAUUUCGAACAAUUAGAGAAAAAAGAAAAAGAAAAAAAUAAUAGAAAAAAUAGUAAUAAUACAAGUAAUAGUAAUAGUAGUUCAACUGAUACAUCACCAUCAUUACUAUCAACAACAACAAUCUCAACUACUCAACAAUCAUCACCAACCACAUCAACUACAUCUAAUAGCAAUGGUAAUGUUUCACCAAAAUCUACAAAGAAAAAGAAACCAACCGAUUCAUCUCCAUCAGAUGAAAAUGAAGAUAUAGAGAUGAAUGAAAAAACACCAACCACUCCAACAUCUGCCCCAAUCUCGGCAUCAUUAUCAUCUCCACCAGAUGAUGAAGGAAAUAAAUCUAAAUUUGGAAAGAAAGCAUGGUUAGCCGAAUUCAAGCAAAAGGAAAAAGACUUACCAUGUAUUAAAGAAGAAGAAAGAAGAGCUGAUGAUAGUGAUGGACAUCAAGAAGAGGAAGGUUCAUUACCAAAUGAUGAAUCAAAUAAUACAAAUAACCAAACCAACUCACCAAAUAAUACAAAUAAUAGCAACAAUAUCAACAACAAUAGUAGUGGCAGUAUAAACAAUAAAUUGAAUGAUCAACCUCCACCACCACCACCAAAUCAACCACCACCACCACCACCAAGUCAACCACCACCACCACCAUCUCCACAUCAUCAUCAUCACUCUGAUCAACAAACUUUAUCUAAAUCAUCCUCUGGUUAUCCACAUGAAAGGGAAUUAAGAAAUAGUUAUACACCAUCACAAUCACCAAAUCAAUCACCAUCAAUGAAAGGUGGGUUAUCAUCUUCAAUAGGUGGAUUUAGGGAUCCAAUCGAUCAACCAUAUCGUUUAAAUCGUGAAAGAAGUGGUGAUAUGGGAUCAUUAAGAGAAAACAGAGAUAAUCGCGACUUGCCAUUAAGAGGAGAUCCAAGAGAUCAAGUUAGAGAACCAAGGGAUUGGGAUAGAAGAGGUGACAAUUGGAAUUCAUACAAUGACAGAGAUCAAUUCUCUGGCGAUAGAGGAGGAGGAGGAGGAAAUCGUUAUGGAGGAAGAUUCAAAGAUGAUCAUUGGGAUAGCCCACACAGAAAGAGUGGUUGGGAUAAUAGUUUAAGAUAUAACAACGAUAAAAAUAGAAUUCCAUAUGAUAGAAACGUUGAUAAAAGUGGUUGGGAUAGAAGACCAAACUACCCAAGAAAUGGUUUUCCUUCGCCACCACUCUCUUCCUAUCAUAAUGAUGACUAUGAUAUGGAUGGAAAUGAACCAUUACCAUCACAACAAUCACAAUCACAACAACCAUCAACUUCUUCAACUUCUUCGACUUCAUCUUCCUCAUCAACUUCUCAAACAAAUACUAGCGGUACCAAUAAAUCAAACCCUCCAACACCUUCAUCAAAUAAAUCACCACAACUAUUAGAUUCACCUUCAAGCUUUAAAUAUAGUAAUAAUAACAAUAACUUAAAUAGCAAUAUAAAUAAUACUAAUAAUACAAAUAAUAAUAAUACUAAUAACAAUAAUAAUAAUAAUAAUAACAAUUUUUAUGGUAAUCAAAGGGGACCAAACUAUAACCAAAAUAGGUCCGGAAACUCGCCAACUCUUCCAGAUGAAUAUGAUCAACACAACCAAUGGGGAAGAAAACCUUAUUUCAAAAGAAGAUAA